AUUUAUUCGUCGUAUAGUCUUCACACGUUGUUGUUGAAGCCGUCGUUCUGUAUGUCGUCGGACACUCGGAGUUCGGACCGCGUGACGUUGAUAUUGAGUUGCCCAGUGCCAGUCGUACUAUAGUGAAAUAUUAUACCUCAAAUUUAUACACAGUAUAUACAAAUCUCGAUCCGCUGUCCACGGCGCACUAUAUAUUAUUUUGGCACGCGCGACGACCAUGCAGCAGCUACCUACGAACCUUUUUACGAAUCGUAAUCCACAAUUCAUGUUAAUGAGACUUGUGGUUCCUGCCGACUAGGUUUCAGCCAACUAGCAACGAUCGCUGUUUUAAUUUUUCAAACUGAAUGUGAUUCAGUUAAAAACGAUUAUAUAGUAUAUCAAGAUUACACCAUUGGUUAUGUAUUUUACCUUGAAAUUUAAUUAUUGAUGAAAAAAAAUAUUCUCAAUGACUACCAACUUGAUUGACAACAUGAAUUUAAAUUGCGCCGUAAAGCUACUGCGUUUUGAUGACGUCCCAACAACAUCUAAUAAUGAAGCUGCUGUUUCGGUGUUAUCAAAUAAUGCUGGUAUAAGCAAUCAACCUAUUGCUGAAAUAAAAAGAUCUUCAAGGAUAUCUAGAAAACGUACCAAACCUAGAACAGAAGAUGGCAAUCAAUCAGAAAAUGUAAAAAAAAAGAAAUGCAUGAUCAAAAAACCCCAAUUGAAUAAGACCGAAUCAGGAAAAACUGAUACUCCUCCAAAAGAACCAAAAAAAAAUAAAAUCCGAGGUUCUUUAAAGUCUAAUGAUGAUUUUAGUGAAAUAUCUAAUACCAUGACUUACCCAAUCAGUUUUAUAGAUGAUGAUGAUGAUGAUGAAGAAAUAAUUCCUAAAAAGGGUUCGUCAAAACCUGCUAAAUUUAAAGUAUCUAAAUCUAUCAUUGCUGUUAAAAAAAAGCCUAUAGUACUCGAUGUAAAUAAUGAUAAUUCAAUUAAUGAAGUCACAAAAACUGAUAAUUCUACUGUACCAUCAAAAUCUCCAAAAACUAAAACACUCAAAUCUAUUACAUCGAACAGAAAAAAGCCUGUACUGAGUAAUGUUAGCAAAAAUAACUCAUCUUCUGAACUUGAAGAAAGCAAUAAUGGAGUUUCUACAAAAACUCUUAAGAAUAAAACACCUAAAUCUAAUAUUGAUAAUAAAAAAAAAUCUUCGACAAAUAAUAUAAACGAUGUUGAUAAACUUCAUGAACUUCAAGUUAAUAAAGUUCAAUUUAGUGAUAAUUUUGUUACACCAGAAGUUCCCAAAGCUAAAACAUCUAAAUCUAUUGUUUCUAAUAAAAAGAAGCCCGUUGUAAAUACCAUAAAUAAAAAUGGUACAACUUUUGAUCAUGUAACAAGCAACAAAAUCGAAAUUCCUAGAAAACGUGCUCGUACUUCUUUAAAAAAAGAAAAAUGUCAAAAACCAAAUAUUGAAAAUAAGUUUAAUAACGAAGACAAUUUAGAGCAAACUCCAAAUUCGGGCAAGAUUUGUAAGGAACUAGACACUGACGAAGAACUAAAUUUAUCUCAAAACUUUGAGGAUGAUACCCUGAUGCUUAGAAGCACUGAUAAUCCGCCUAAAAUUAAAAAAAAGUGGAGUGAUGAGUGGAGUGGAGGCAAAUUAGUUAAAAAUAUCUCAAAAUCUAAUAACGAAGAAUUGUCUAAUGAUUCAACACUAGAUGUUAAUAAUUAUAAGACAGUUAAAAGAAUAUCAAAAACUCAAAAAUCAAAAAAUUCUAACAGUAAAAAAGUUAAAACUAAAAUGUUAGAUCAAUUAAAUCCAGAAGAUUCUCAUACCUCGAUUACAAAUAGUGAUAAUACAAAUAGAUCAUCAUUAAAUGUUCCUGUUGUGCAAAAUGAUGGUAUAUCAAUUACAUUCAAUAUUCCUCUUGACCAAUCAAUACCAGGUGUCUGUAAUGAUGCUGUGUCUAAUCCUGUUUGCAAUACAUUGUCUAGUGGAACCUUAUCUAGUAAUGUUUCUUUUAUACCCACAACAGUUACUGAUAAUUCAUUUUCCAAUAAAAAUGUUCAACAAUCACAUUUAAGUACACUAGAACCAAUAUCCGAUUCUGAUUAUUUAUCAGUUUCAACAAUAAGCCCUGAAAAUCCUGAAAUGAGUUACGGUAUGGCUAUACUAUCUGAAGCCAUCAGCCGGCAAUGUAGAGAAUCAGCUAACCAACAAUUAAAGAAAAAGUCACCAGAACCUGAUACAAUCGAUAUACAGUCUUGUACGAAGAAAGCAAACAAUACAUCAAAACCACAAGUGCCUAGUGCCAUGGUUUCACCUCAAAGAGUUGUUAAAAAUAUGUCAAAAAAAGAACUUAAGUACUCUCCAGAAUUGUGCUUACAAUCUGUUGAAAAUGAAUUAGAAUCGCAUAGUGAAUACGAAAUUCAACUUCUUUCUAAACGUUUUAACAUCCCAAUCACCUCUCUUAGGAGAACAGUUGUAGAUGAGCCUCUGUCUGUAUUCCGUAAAAAGUACUCCAAAUCAGUGACACCAUCGAUGGUAACAAUAUCGCCUAUUGUUAAAGAUGCUGAUUCCAAGUCUGGGUUAAACUUAUAUAAUUAUAUAAGUGGAAAUAUAGAUGUAGAGUAUAAGUUAGAACCUAUCAGAGAAGGUGCGGCCUAUGAAACAAAUAACUUGAAAGACUUGAUGCUUGAACUUUCAAAGACAAUGCCGUCAUGGAGCUUAAGCAUUGUCACCAAUCCACCAAGGUAUGUAAUUUCACAAAUGUCAAUUGGCAAGUUUGGUGUCCCCAGUGCAAACAAGUGUAUUGUACUGGAUAGAACGUUCAGAGCUUCAGUUUAUAUCAAUCAGUCCUUAGAACAUAAACUUUGUAAACGCUACACAACAGCCACUGAAAUUGUAAAUCUUAUAAAAGAGUUAAAUUCAAUAUGAUAAAUAUUUUAUACAUAUUGAUAUUUUGUAUAUUUCUCUUAUGGUAAAUCUUGUUUAUGAUUCCUAUUAAGUACAAACCAUCAAAUAUGUAUGUAUAUAAAUUAUAAAAAUUUGUAAAGGAACAUGUCAUGAUCAAUAUAUUACUUUGUUGUAUUGUAUAUACUCGUUAAUCAUUAUUUAAAUUGAUAAAACAAUUUUUAAACAGACUUAAGUAACAAGUAUAUUUCUUUUUAAUUAAUUAGAAUAGUAAGACAUAAUUAUAUUUAUUUUUUGUUUUCACUUUUUAUCAAAAGUGUUGAUUGAUCUAAUUUGUUAUUUUUAUUAGUAAUAUUUUAAUACUAUAAUUGUAUAAUUUUUAAUUUUUAUGAUUAAAUGUAUUUAAUAUACUUA